UCUUCUCUUCUUGCUUUCUCGCUCAUUGUUAUUUGUAUCAACCCAUCAUCAACAUUCAUUCUGAAUUCUUCCAUCCAAUCUUUUCUUUCUACAAAUCAUCUAUCAUCAUCAUUACCAUCACCAUCAUAGCCAUCGUCAAUUCUGGUAGUUCGUCGAUACUCGCCUGCUACCAUCAUGAGAGUAGCUAGCUCCGCCCUGCUGCUAGGCGCCAGCUCGGCUGCCUUUGCGCAAGAACAGAAGGUCCUCAGCGGCAUCAGCGGUAUCAGCGAUGCCGUCAAGAAACCUUUCGACCACAUCGGCAGUGCCUUUGGGGAGAUGCCAGCUACUGCCAAGGGACUCUGGGAUGAAAUGAGCCUCCUGGUCCCCGGCUUCUACGAAAAGGCCUCUAACCUCAUCUCCUACCCUAAGCCUCAUGCCCGCCGCCCAGAUAAGGAAUGGGACCACAUCGUCAAGGGCGCUGAGGUUCAAAGCAUGUGGGUUGAGACAGAUGGUGUUAAGCACCGAAAGGUCGAUGGUUCUCUUGAGGCCUACAACCUCCGAGCGAAGAACGUUGACCCUUCCGAACUCGGCGUAGACAAGGUGAAGCAGUUUAGUGGAUACCUAGACGACGAAGCUAAUGACAAGCAUCUAUUCUAUUGGUUCUUUGAAUCUCGAAACGACCCAAAGACCGAUCCCGUAGUACUAUGGUUGAACGGCGGCCCCGGCUGCUCUUCUAUGAUGGGUCUCUUCAUGGAACUCGGUCCAUCCAGCGUUAACAAGGAUGGCUCGCUCAAGUACAACGAGUACUCGUGGAACAGCAACGCGUCUGUCAUCUUCAUCGAUCAACCCGUCAAUACCGGCUACUCCUACAGUAGCAACCCUGUUUACAACACUGUUGCCGCAAGCAAGGACAUCUACGCUCUAUUGACCUUGUUCUUCCACAAUUUCCCCCAAUAUAGCGAGCAGCCAUUCCACAUUGCUGGAGAGUCGUAUGCUGGCCACUACAUUCCCGUCUUUGCUUCUGAGAUCUUGUCGCACAAGAACCGCAACAUCAACCUGCAAAGUAUCGCCAUCGGUAACGGCUUGACGGACCCCUACACCCAAUAUGCUCAGUACCGCCCCAUGGCCUGUGGUGAAGGUGGUUAUGAUGCGGUGCUCGAUGAGAGCGAGUGCCAGUCCAUGGACAACUCCCUCCCUCGCUGCCAGUCUCUGAUCUCCAGCUGCUACGAAUCUGAGAGCGUUUGGUCUUGCGUUCCUAGCGCCAUCUACUGUAAUAACGCCAUGAUUGGUCCCUUCCAACGCACUGGAUACAAUGUCUAUGAUAUCCGUGAGAAGUGCAAGGACCAGGAGAACCUUUGCUACACUGAGACUGCCUGGAUCAGCCAGUACUUAAACCAGGACAAGGUCAUCAAGGCUGUCGGUGCUGAAGUGCAAAACUAUGAAAGCUGCAACACCGAUAUCAACAGGAACUUCUUGUUCCAGGGUGACUGGUCCAAGCCGUUCCACCGUCUUGUCCCUGAUAUCAUCAAGCAGAUCCCAGUUCUUAUCUACGCUGGUGAUGCUGACUACAUCUGCAACUGGCUCGGCAACAAGGCCUGGUCAGAGGCACUUGAGUGGUCUGGCAAGAAGGGUUUCAACUCUGCCAGCAUGAAGGACCUCUCAACCGGUUCUGACAAGUACGGAGAGGUCAAGAGCAGUGGUAACUUUACCUUUGCGCGCAUCUACCAGGCAGGUCAUAUGGUUCCGUUCAACCAGCCCGAGGGCUCCUUGAACUUGUUCAACAGAUGGCUUGGAGGUGAAUGGUACGCUUGAAGGAUGAUGAUUUAAGUCAUGUGUGAUUAGUGUCUGUAUUACGAAACACAAUGAUUAGUUUACGGCGAACAAUAUGUUAGAUUGCAUUUGUUUAAUGGAGUAUUAAUGAAAGGGCUUUGAACUUUAGAACGAUUGGGUGUUCGAUGAAUUCGACUGAACAUGAGACAGUUCACCAAUAUACAAGUUCAAGAACAAGAUUCACAAUUCAAAAUAUCUAUUGAUUACUA